GUGUUUUGUUGUGAAAAAUAAUUGAUAUUUUUAAUCUCCAAACAUGAAAGCUUUAUUAAUUUUCGAUAGUGUUAAUGACCUGGUUUUUUCAAAAUGGGACGACUCUUUCAUAAGGCACCUGAGAAAUUUUAGUGUACAGGACUUUGAAGAAAAUUUAAGUGACAGUGUAAAUGUGUCUCAGAUAUUUACACCCAUUAUACUAUCGCAGAGGGUUAUGGCGGCACAAUUUGGUAACACAUACUCCUCCAUGCAGUGUAAAGAUGGUACAACAAUAUUUUUUGAUGAGUGGUUAGAUCAUGUUUUUAUUAUAAUAUGUGAGGAUUGUUUGGAUGAUGCACAUAGAGAACUACUCGAUUGCAAAACUCUUGUACAACACAUUUGUGGGCAAAACAUAAACCUCUUGCACUCACCAAUCUACCAGGACUGGCUUUCGGUACUACUGGACUGCCGAACUAAAGGAGACUCAAUCCCUGGAGCGAAUGGAGUGAUCGGUGAGAGCGGUGCAACAUCUGCCGCUCUGAAUGCACUCAAAACUUCAUCUAAAGAUUUCAAAAUUUCCUAUUCACAUUAUCAUUUAUUGCUGUUCGUUGGAGACAAAUUGCUAUCGCUGUACUCUAGCCGUAGUAGUGAUGAUCUGUCUCCUCCAGAUUUAAUCCUGUUAAGUAUACAAUGUAUAGCGGCUCAAGAACAUUGGAAAGACGCUAAACUUGAAGAUAAUGAACAUUUUGUGAAGCUACCGUGGUUGUCAAAAGAGAAUAGUGCAAUAAUAAAUUUGUGUGCUGGUCCAAUGGGUACCCCAUGUGCCCCGCACUCCAUGCACCUCGCGGAGGUCGCUCCCCGUAUCACUUUUGCAGUUGUCGCUGAUAUGGACCUCAGGGAAGUGGGCAUUGCAGCUAAUUUGUCAUGUCAGAUACUCUCGAAUCUAAGGAGAAUUUUAUUGCAAAGGAAUCUGGAAUUACUGCCUUCUACGCUUGAUAAUUUAGAAGUGGCCCUGAAAAAGACUACAGAUUCUUUGCGUAAAAAUAAGGCUAAUGCUAGUCUAUGCGCUCGUUUGACAAGUCGCAUGCUAGAGUUGCGCAAGUCCUGCACGACCACGACCCCGUUGACGCCGGAAACCACUGCGACGGCCAUGCACACUGCCUUGGAAGCUGUCAUCGAGCAACUCAAACCGGAUAUACCGAGUCUCAAGUUAGGGCAGGCAUUGAAACAUCUUAAGAAUCUUCUGGCGCCGUACGUUGAAUUCCUUCGUGUGAAAGCGAUGAGAUUCUUCAGUUUGGGAUCGGGCGAGACAGAUGUCAGUGGUUCCCUAACGCUGCACAAGUAUGUGGAGGAAUUCCCCGGCCUCAUACAUUUCAUUUACGUGGAUCGGACAACCGGAAGAUUCCUGGCUCCAGAUAUGGCCGAUUGCGCAGAGAUGUUGCCGCCUGAAGUGAUAAAGAGCACGGUGCGGCGAGCGCUGAGCGUGCUGCGCGAGGGGUACAGCGGGGCGACGUGGCGGCGCGGCGCGUUCCACGUGUGCGCGGUGCGGUGGUGGCAGCGCGGCGCCGCGCCCUGCCGCCCCGCGCGCCCCCCGCCGCCCGCCGCCCUGCGCGCGCUGCCGCCGCCCGGGGACAUCCUCGCCUCGUUCUACAGGCAAUUGCUCGAGCAGUCAUUUCCAAACGACAGCCAGGGAGUGAACAUCAAGGAGUUGAUAUGCGUCCACUUGGGCCUGUUGCCGGCUUCGACGGCCGUGCAGCAGGCGCGCCGCCUCGCGCACUCCGUACACGAACUCGCCAGCGACAUCCCCGCCAUCGCCGCAGACCUACUCUGAAGCCGUACCCUGGUUGUGUGGCGGCCUGGAACACCCCGUCUCUUCUAAUGGCCAUUAAAGGUGUCGCCGCGAAACGGGUAGGAGCGUAUUCCUAUAAUAUAACUAUACUGAGACCUUAGAACUUAUGUCUCGAGGUGGGUGGCGCACUUACGUUGUAGAUGUCUAUGGGCUCCAGUAACCAUUUAACACCAGGUGUGCUGUGAGCUUUUUUUCUCCUACCUAUGCUGAUAGCCUUGAGAGGCUAUUUCAGCUUCUCUUUGACGUGUAGGUGAGCUUAUGCGGCUCAAACCGGGAAUGUUGCUAACACUGACCCUAGCAAGAGCAGUGUUUCGCAGAAUCUACCACCGGAUCGGAAAUGCGACCCACUGAGAAGAUCCGACGAGAAACUCAGUGCGCUGUGUCUAUGGGUUAAUUUACUCGUCGAUUCCUUCCUCGCAAGCGACGGGUUCGGCGUGGACGGUGACCGGCGUCCGACUGUUAUACCAGAGUAAUGCGAUCGGCAACCGGAAUUCCGCGUAUUUCUACCGUCAGGUGGCGCAUCUGUCAAUUCUCCUAUGAAACUUAAUGUAGGCUUUUAACUGCUAAAUAAAAUUAUGUCGUUCCGUUUCACGAUUGCAACGUGACGAUGUCUAGUUAAAUAAAAAAAAUAUGUUCCAGGAAUUAGACCACACUAAUGAAAAUAGCUGUCUGGCUGACAUAGGUACAGUAAGUAGUAGUAAAGUGUCAUAGUGAUAUUAAUAAUAAGAUGAUUUGUUGAGAAUUAUACAUAGGUGUUGGUAAUAACUACAAGGCAAAAAAACAUUCCAGAUAUUAUUUUUAUUUUAUAUAUCUAUAGACAUGUUUUGUUUUUUUUGUUUUGCAACUUACACCGAAGUUGCUACAAGAAAACAUUACAAUGAUAUUAUGUGGCAGAAAAUAUAAUUCUUAACUGCAUGACUCACAGACAACUUUACUAAUUGCCGGAAGUAACACUCCGAUGUGGGGCAAUUGAACUGAAUACUAUAAAUAUAAUUUCUAUUGGAGUAAUUUCAAGCUCAGAAACAAAAAAGAAUACCAUUCUCUUAUGGGACUUCAAACUCUAACUUGAGGUAAUAAGGUUGAAUUUUAUUCAUACCAAACUUUUGACAACAGGGGACAAAUGUAACUAUUGAUUGCAGAACCAGUCUUGAAACUUAUCGCUUCGGUAUUUUUUAGUUCAGAAUGUUAAAAAAAAGUAUACGUAAUAAGGCAUUUUUUAUGAGAAUCAUAGUCGUGGCUAACAGAUACCAUAUCUGUACACACGUACUUAUGGUACAAGUACUUAGCCUAAACAAUAAAAAUCGUGUCUUUCACUACAUAGGCCCGUUGCCAAUUUUAAGGCUCCUUUUUAUGGUUGAGAGAUUGUGCUUGAACCUCAACGAAAUAACUGACCCGGUAGUAUCAGACAUUGUAGGUUGUAGCUUGCCGACACGCCUAAUGUUUGUUCAGGCCCAAGUCCCCAAGCUGGGCCGGGAGUUCGUCCACCUAUUUUGCUUAGUUAUUGCUUAUACAGGUGAAUAAGCCACCGCCGUAUUGAUCGAUGCGAGUCCAACUGGAGUCAUAUAUUUUAAGCCACGUCUUCAAAUAACAUUGCUAGUCAGAAUUAUUGGUCCUAGUAAUGACAUCCACAUAUGUAAUCAAAUUCGUUUUUGAGUUUAUAGAUGGCCUUGUUAAUGUAAAAGCGUCUAAUGUGGAUUAUUCUAAUUAAUAUCUUAUGCCCUUCAAUUAGCUUCAAUAGCCUCUAGGCAUACUUGUAUUUAAUAGAAAUAUUACUUGAUAAGUUGUGUAACCAUUUUUAUCUGUAUUAUUGUACUAUGUUUUUGUUUAAAUAAAACUAAAUAUAAA